UCUGCAUCAAUCUGUCUCGUCCGUCAUCAUGAGCGCCAACAAACGCCUCUAUUGCUUUCCAUCAUGCAGGGCUACCAGCCAUGACAGAGUGCCGGCGCUUCUGGUAAGCACGGGUACAGACAUCUGGGCGAGUCCCAAACAUAGAGUAUUACUACUUAUGCACACAGCCUACCAGCGGCCGUGCUUGUACAUUGGAUGCGAAUUCUUUCCUUCUUUCUGACGUUUGUCGUUUGACAACUUUCCUUAAUACUUCUCUGUUGUUUCUUUGCCUGUAUCAGUUUCAGCCGUUGAUCGGCCUGUUCUUUGGUUUCCCAUGCCCUCUCAAUUUCUCUCAGAUCUUGUACAGUUAUGAUUCUUAGACUCUGCGCUCUUCUCAUUGCCACGGCAUUUCCUGUGUCUUUAGCAUAUCCUCAAAGCAUUCAUGAUGCUGAAAUUCCAUACGAGUUGUCUGUUGUACCAGAGUGUGCAAGGGAGUGUCUGCGCGAGUCUCUAGCGACGACUUUUUCUUCUGAUUGUAAAGAUAGUGGCACGAACGACAUCCAGUGCUACUGCGCAGCCUAUGACAGCAACGGCUUCACUUUCGGAGAAGCGGCAUUGCGGUGCUUCUACAUGAACUGCCAGAGUGAUAAGGAGGAAGCAUCACGUAUAUAUAACGUCUGCGUUGGUCAGCCAAAGGCAGUCCAGCGAACUAUGGGCUCAAUACCCAUCACCCGGUUCCCUCCAUCAACGACCGUGUCAACAGCCCCACCGUUAAUUACAUCGAGUACGUCAGAAGUAAAAGGUACGAUGAUGUUGUGGCCGUACAUGCCUACGCCAAUAACGACAUCAAUUCCAAAUGAGACUCCAGGUGCAGCUUCGGAUGCUACACCGGGGCCGUCAGCUGCGGUAGCACCAGCACCUCACUCCACGGGACCAUUGAGCACCCCUCAGAUCGUGGGCAUAUCCGUUGCUGGGGCCUCGGCUCUUAUCCUCGCUACUGGUGCAAUCAUUCUUGUGACCUGUACUCAGCAACGGCGAAGACGACGAGCUAUGGAGCAAGCGAAAUUUGAUCGUAUGGAAAACAAAAGUGAAAAACGAAGUCCUCCAGGAAGCCGCGAUGGGGAGGGUAAUUCAUCCUUGAAGCCACUCAUGUUGCCUUUUAAGGUGUUAAGAGAUCCUCGCAGUGGCCCUGGAGGAGUUGGUAUAGCUCCCGCGCCUCCAAGGUCGACAACUCCGUCACCGCGUCGGUCCGUCGUCGGCCUGGCGCCAGUACGGACGAAUCUUCCCAGGCUGCAAUUGAACGACCAGCGACCAAGAUCACAGUGGAUCAAUCCAGAUAUUCCAGUGGAGCAGAUUGGUUUGGCUAUUAGUCCAGAGUCGGAUCUUGGAACGUCUCCAGAUAGCAUGAGAAGCACGAGAACAGUCUCACGUCUUCUCCCGGCAAAGCCUUCACCUCAGCUCGCUCGUCCAACGAGUACGGCGUCUGGUCUGACAGUGUUCGAAGAAGAUCGAUACAGCAGAUCAGUGCGGCAGAGUCAAGCGGCUCGCCCGCCCCUUGCUCGACUCUCAGCAGCGAAUGCUCUGACUGAACUUCCAACCCCACCCACUCAAAUGAGCCCCUUUGCAGACCCUACAAUGGUGCCUCGGCCACUAAACCACUCAAUGCGUCAAGUAAGCCAUCCACCCACGCCGCCUCCGCCUUUUCCUGUUCCUCCAAUUCCAGUGUCCGUUCCGAAGGCGCCGUCAGCGUCAGAGCCAUCUAUGCCGUUCACCCCUGCUCCCAUCAAAUCCAGCUUAGGCGGGCCUAAGGAGCCGCCCGUGUUGUCUCUCAACAUACCCAUCAGACAGUCACGGACACCUCUGCUACCAAACUUUGAGACCUUCCUUUCACAAGCGUCUUCCCCAAUACUACCUCCAAAGCCAUUGUCCGCAAAGCCACUGCCUACAAGAGUGUUUGCGGCCCCCGAGUAUACAUCACCAGCGACCGAAGUCCCUCCUAGAACACCAAAUAUGGCGAACCUAGUGGGAACACCACCAACAACGAGCCGAAAACGUGGCAGCAACGAUAGUACUAGCACCGACGGUUCCGAAGGUUAUGUACCGAAGUACUACGCCAGCCCACGAAGUACGGCUGGUGCUGGAAAAGUUGACAAACCGAGCAAGUCACCAAGAAUCAUAGAUAUCGGCACAGCCGGCUCAACCAAAACAUCCACACCGCUGUCUCGGAGCUCGACGCACAAGUCGGCAUCCGUCCGGGACUCAAUGGCUUCCUGCACGACCUUCGAGACCGCCGACAUGGACGAGCCCACGCCCCCAUCAGACGAAGAAAAGACUCUACCCGCCAUCCCAGAAUCGCCCAUCUCCGGGCUGAAAUACCCCAAGAUCCCUCGCGCAUCCAAUCAAGCCGUCCCCCGCAGUCCCCGCAGCUCACAUGGCUCCCUCACACUCGACACGCGACCCUCACUGCUACAGAAGCGCCGCGGCGACGACGCAGCUCAGGAUCUCGAAAAGCGCCUGUUUGUCAGCCCGAUCUCGUCUAGUCUCCGCUCCAGCAACACGACGCAUAGCAGAGUGGGUAGUGAUGGCACGCUGCCUCAGCAGGUCACGUACUCGCAGCUCGCGGUCAAGUCUGGGCCUGGCAGUGCGGAUAUGUUCGGCCCGUUGAAGAGCCCGAUGUGGGCGCCGCGCAUCACGCCGACGCGCCGGGGACAGGAUCUGUUUCUCUCGGUCUCGUAGGGUGGGAUAAUGAGGAUCUGUAGGCUGCAGGUCGCGACCUCUUUAUUUCUGGGGAAGGGGGGUCUUUUAAUAUGGUAUUGGUGGUCCGUCCUCCAGGUGAGACACGCACACACACAUACACACAAAAAACCACGUUUCCUUUGCGUCAAUUGUAAACAGCAAAGAUACCCCAUUCAUUUGAUUUCUUGCAAGCUUUUUCGGUCCAGGUCUGGGUCUGGGUAGGUGGGUGGGCAUCGUGAGCACUCUUUCUAGCAUUGCAUAGAACCUAUCAGAGCAAAAUCCGCAUCCACGAUAUCAAAGUGGCAUUGUAUCAUAGUUUUAAUUUGGAAAU